AUGCCUGCUCUCAGAUAUUCAGAAGAUACCGAGUUCAACGAUGCCUUAAGGGCGCGGGGUAUCCUGCCACAGUUGCCCGCUGAGCCCGAGUCUCCCGAAGCUACCGCACCGCCGGAACCCAGUCCGCAGGAGUUGAUCGACGAGCUUGACGACCAGAGGGCCAUUGAGGAGCUCGAACUGGACCAAGAAAUCCCCGCCCAUCUCAUCGACUCCUGGAAAUCAGCCCGACUGGCCGAGCUACAACAUGCCACUCAAACCACAAACGCUCGAUCAUCUGGCUUGAGACCCAUAGGCAAGGAAGACUACGUCCGCGAGGUUAACCAGGCUAGCGAGGUCGAUGUUGAUCCGGAUUCGGCUCAUGCCAACAGAGGCACUGGGGUAGUUCUUUGUCUGUGGAAUAACUCAUCCGCCUCAAGACAUAUCCUAGCACUGCUGGAACAACUAUCCCACGAGUACCCAUCCACUCGAUUUCUCUCGAUCCCAGGGGGAUCAUGCAUUGCGAAUUACCCGGACGCCAACCAGCCCACCCUGAUCUGCUACCGAGCCGGCGGAUGUCUCCGGCAAUACGUGGGCAUCGGAUCCUCUGCCGAGAUCUCGAAGACCAAUGGCAAGCUCAGCGCCGGAUUGGCGACUACGUUGGCCGACUUGGAAGCCGAGUUGCUCUCCAUCGGCGCCCUCGAUCCCCAUCUCAAAGUCGCCUCUCGCCCCCUUCCUCCUGCUCAUGAUACUCAUGAAGAUCAAGAUGACGGCGACUACUAUCGCGGAUCUAAAAUUAAGAAAAAAAUCAGAGUGACUUCUAAGAACGACAGUGAUUCAGAACUUGACAUCUGA